GCGGACCCGGAGAAAACUGACCGAAGACGUAUUGUUACUUCCUGAAACAUCAAGAUGCACAAAUCAAAAAAAAAAAAGAUGAAUAUCACAUACACAGACGAAUCCGUUCUUCUAACCAAUAGGUCUGAAGAUAUAGAUCUGAACUACAAUACAACAAGGAGUAAUGUAUCUCUGGUUGAACUAUAUAAAUCCUUCCUACCGGUCAUCCUACUCACCUGUCUAACAGCUCUUCUACUCAACCUGGCAAUAAUGACCGCAAUACUCAGCUCUGCCCACCUUCUCAAGUUCCGGUCAUCCCGCGGCUAUCUACCGACUGUGACCUCGCUGGUUUGUGCAGACACUCUGACCAGCCUUAUGCUAGGGCUUCAGCUGUUCUGUGGAAGCUAUUUACCUGUUGUUAUGAAUAUAAUCCCCCCGCCAUGCUUGAUGCUUCCAUUAG